CCAGAGUGUGUGUGCGCACAACUUGGAAGGGCUGAGGGUUAGCUAACUGUGUUAGCUUUGACAUCCACAAACAAGCAUGGCUGCUGUCCACCGUCUAGUUAUUGUCCGCCAUGGGGAGAGCUCCUGGAACCAGGAGAACCGCUUCUGCGGCUGGUUUGAUGCCGACCUCAGUGAGAAGGGUGUGGAGGAGGCCAAGCAAGGAGCCCAGGCCAUCAAAGAGGCUGGCAUGAAGUUUGACAUCUGCUACACGUCUGUGCUUAAACGUGCAGUCAAGACCUUGUGGACCAUCAUGGAGGGUACGGACCAGAUGUGGCUGCCCGUCAUCCGUACUUGGCGUCUCAAUGAGCGUCACUACGGAGGCCUCACCGGUCUCAACAAGGCCGAGACAGCAGCCAAGCAUGGCGAGGAGCAGGUGAAGAUCUGGCGUCGCUCCUUCGACAUCCCGCCCCCACCCAUGGACAAGGACCAUCCUUAUCACUCCAUCAUCAGUGAGUCCAGACGCUACAAGAACCUGAAGGCCGGUGAGCUGCCUACAUGCGAGUCCCUGAAGGACACCAUUGCCCGCGCCCUGCCUUUCUGGAACGAUGUCAUCGCACCUGAAAUCAAAGCCGGAAAGAACGUGAUUAUCGCAGCUCACGGCAACAGCCUCCGUGGCAUCGUCAAGCACUUAGAAGGCAUGUCUGACGCCGCCAUCAUGGAGCUGAACCUGCCCACUGGAAUCCCCAUCGUGUACGAGCUGGACGCAGACCUGAAGCCUGUGAAGCCUAUGUCCUUCCUGGGUGACGAGGAGACCGUGAAGAAGGCCAUGGAGGCCGUGGCUGCCCAGGGCAAAGUGAAGAAGUAAGAUCUAAGAAGUGGCAGAUGUGAGAGACUGUCAGCCUUCCAUCUUUGUAGUCCAUUCCACAGGGGGGUAACUUGUGAUGGUUCGUCUCCUGUUUGUUCUCUGUGAUGACCUGUCAGUUCAAGCAUAAUAACAUGACAUAAUAACUACAUCCAUCCACCUGCACACCCCUAAGUUGUUUUAAGUUGUGGUCAAACCCACCACCCUGGCACAAACAAUAAAG